AUGGUGCCUGCUAAGCGGCGACGGCUGCUCUUGAUACGCUUCCCCAAAGACGAGCUGGCGUGUUCUGGAGUGGACGCCGUCGGCACCGAUAAUAACGUCGGCUUUGACGACCGUGCCGUCGCUGAGAGUCACGGUGCUGGCGUUCUCAUCCACACUUUCUACCUUGCUCCCGGCAUGGAUUACAGCGCCGUGCCCAGUUGCUUUCCUUUUAAGCUCGCCAUGCAGGUCGGCUCUGUGGACAAACUGUGCCUCCACACUCCUCAGGCUCGAUCCCGUAUCGGCGGAAUGCGUAACGGCUUGCAAAAGAAAAGAAAAUCCACUGCUUACAUGGACGUCUUGGCCUGCUUCAACGAGGGCACAAGCGGCCAUAAGGCCUCCAAUGCCCGCACCGACAACAACGACUUUCAAAGGUUCCAUAGCUAUGUUGAUCUGUUUAGAUUUUCUUUUCUCGAAAAUGAGAAUCUGAUUAAGUAG